ACAGUCCAAGUUAAUCUAUGAAGCUGACUAUUAAAAUUCAUCUCACUUGUGACAUCUAGUGUCCAGUGAUGGUAUUGGCUGCACUCUAUCCAGGGCAUUCCUAAAACGUGACUUAGUUAUGUCCAAAAGACAAAAGCCACGACAAAUUGACUUUAAAGACCAUAACUGACUUUUAUUUAUGAUGCUAAGAUAAGGCAGCUCUCUGAAUCAGAAGUUCAAACAACUCCUUUAAACAAGAUCAGGCAGUAUUAGUGACAGGAAGCUAGUGAAGUGUAGAGACAGCUUCACUGGUCCCAGCUCAGCAUUUACUGAUUUGAAUCAUCUGCCCACGGAUGAUGGCCUUGGAGCUUAGUUAUUCGUGUGCCCAUUACCACAAGUGACUCCAUGUUACUUUCGUGUAGUGGGUCAGUGUAGAAGACCAUAAACUCUAUUGAACAAUUGCAGGGUGAGUGGCUUUUAAGACUGUGAACAUGGUCUCUCCCCUUUGAGUCCACUCUUCCUUAGCUCCACCAUCUUUCAGCUCUGCGUAGGGCCACUAGAUUUGUAAUUUUUAAAACAAUGAAUAUCCAGCCCCCCCAAAAAAACACCCAUUUUCCUCUCAGGUAGGGACAUGUAUCAUUCAUGUCCAUAUGAAUUUAAACAGCCCUGAUUUUAAAUAUAUUAAAUAUAUGUAAAUAAUACACUAUAUUGUGAGCAACCCCUAGAUGGUACAUUUUAUCACAGCCUUCCACUGUCUACCUCACUUAAUCCGUUACAUGAGAGAAGAUAUAUGAUUUACCAUCUCUUAAAACAGAGGAGAAAAAAGGGAGUUGUUUGGCUCCCAGGUCAAGGAAUUUGAAAAUAAUAGGGGAAAUAGAAUUUGCUUCAUUUAAUCAAGAACUCAGUGAUGACUAAAUAUGCUUGAAGGAUCAUUGUUGCUUAUUUUAAAACUCAGUUCACUCCUUUAAAGCCUAGUCUAGCUCCAUCAGAAAUACAGGUCUACACAUGAAGACAGGGAGUCAAGGGGGUAUGGCACUUCAAGACAUUAAAACUUAAUGGAGGCAUUCAACUCUGCCAAAUGCAGAAAAGGGGAAGAGAGGAUAUUGACUACUGGACAAUGCAGGGUAGAAAUCACUGGGGUGCUGUGGUACAGUUCAGAUUUGGCCUGAAUGUAAAAAAAAAAAAAUCACUGGUGAUGUUGUCAAGAGAUAAUUCACUGUACUGGUUUAAGACCAGACCGCAGUUGAUGGGAAUAUCAAAACAACAGAAGAAACUAAUCCUAGUGUAGUUGUCUGCUUUUUUUUCUUUUUUGGCUCUUUGGGGAGCUGCAACCCAGCUCCCAAAUAAAUAUAAAUUGAGAUUUAUUCUUUCUUAUGAAUGCCUGGCCUUAGCUUAGCUAAUUUCUAGCCAGCUUUUCUUAAAUUAUCCCAUCUAUCUUUUGCCUCUAGGCUUUUUACUUUUCUCUAUUCUGAGUAUCUUUUCUUUCCUUCUUAUUCCAUGUCUGGGUGUGUAGCUGGGGGGCUGGCCCCUUCUUUUCUCACUCCUUGAUCUCCUCCUCCCAGAUUUCUCCUCCUAUUUAUUCUCUCUGCCUGCCAGCCCCGCCUAGCCCUUCUCCUGCUUUGCUAUUGGCCGUUCAGCUCUUUAUUAGGCCAAUCAGGUGUUUUAGACAGGCGAAGAAACACAGCUUCACAAAUUGCACAAAUGCAACAUAAGAGUGCAACACAUCAUUGCUUCAUCAAACAAAUGGUCCACAGCACAAACAAGUGUAACACAUCUUUAACUAAUAUUCUACAACGUCCCGGAGCUCAGGAGGCAGAGACAAGAGGACCUUCGUGAGUUCAAGGCCAGCAUGGUCUGCAGGGAAAGUUCCAGGACAGCCAGAGGUACAUGGAGACCCUGUCUCAAAAAUCAUCAUCAUCAUCAUCAUCAUCAUCAUCAUCAUCGUCAUCAUAGUAAUAAUAAUAGAAACUGAAUAAUGAAAGACCUUUUUCAUUUUGUUAUAUAAAGAAAAACGAAAUGGGGUUGUGGUUGACUGGAGUCGGGGAAGCUUUCAUUAAAUUUUGCAAUGGGAGUCAUUUCGUCUACUGGUGGGGAGGAUCCAGCACAGUAAAACAUUUUGACGAUAAAAGAGACAGAGCCAAGUCCUUAGAGAAACAAGAAAUGAUGCCAUGUACCAGGUACUAGAACUUUCCAGAUUUCCAAGUGCUUACAUUUUUAAAGAGUAAGCAUAUUUGCAAGACAUUUCUAUUUGAACACGCAUGCGCCCCAGCUGUCCUGCUGAGCAGCUGGAGUUCGUUUGAACAGCAGAUCUACUACUUUGACAGGUCACGUUUCUUUGGGGGAGGCCGCGAUUUCCUCUGCAAACUGAAGGAUGCCGUGGACUUGGCAAGAUGGUUUGUGACCGGGAGGAUCCGUGUGGAAUGUGGCACUGUCCUGGCACGGACUGAAAAUGGCAAGCAUGGAGGCAGCUAUCACAGAUCUUCGGCACAAACUCAAAGAGUGUGAAAAGGAGCGACUGAAAGCCGCACAGUACGGCUUGCAGCUGUUGGAGAGGCAAACUGAACUGCAGAAUCAGUUGGAUAAAUGUCACGAGGAAGUGAUGACCCUGACCGAGAAUUAUAACCAAGAGAAGUAUGCCCUACAAAGAGAAGUUGAGCUCAAGAGUCGGAUGUUGGAAAGUUUGAGUUGUGAAUGUGAAACUGUGAAACAACAACAGAAAAUGCAGCUGGAGCAGCUAGAAAUGCAGCUAAACAGAAGCCAUAGGCAGGAAGUGAACGGCCUGAAAAACAAGUUAGAGAAACUGAAAGUGGAACUAGAUGAAGCAAGGUUAAGUGAAAAGCAGCUGAAGCAGAAGCUGGAUCACCAAGAGGAAGUUCUCGCUCACAAAUCGGAAGAGCUCCGGCUAAUGUCUGAGCAGCGUAUGGUCAAUAGCAUGUCUUCAGAGGUGCUGGCUCUUCAGAUUGAGCUAACUGAAAUGGAAGGUGUGAAGGCUGCUCUCAAGGAAGAGGUGCAUGAACUGCAGUACAAACAAGAGCAACUGGAGUGCUUCAAUACUUCCUUAAUGCAUCAGGUAGACCGGCUUAAAGAAGAAAAAGAAGAGCGAGAGAAGGAAGCGGUGUCGUAUUAUAACGCCUUAGAGAAAGCUCGCAUAGAAAAUCAAGAUCUUCAGGUGCAGUUGGGUCAUGCCCUUCAGCAAGCCUUGGAUCCCAACAGUAAAGGAAACUCCCUGUUUGCAGAGGUGGAGGAUCGAAGGGUGGCUAUGGAACGCCAGCUCAACUUGAUGAAAGUCAAGUAUCAGUCAAUGAAGAAGCAAAAUGCAUUCACCAGAGAGCAGAUGAACAAAAUGAAGUUACAAAUCUCCACAUUGCUGAGGAUGAGGGGAUCUCAAACCGAAUUUGAGCAGCAGGAACGGUUGUUUGCCAUGUUGGAACAGAAGAAUGGUGAAAUAAAAGACCUUUUAGGUGAAAUUAAAAAUCUGGAGAAAUUUAAGAACUUAUAUGAAAGUAUGGAAUCUAAGCCUUCCACAUCAGCCAGCCCUGGUACUCUAGAAGACAGCACCUAUUAUGCAGAUUUACUUCAACUAAAGCUUGAUAAGUUAAAAAAAGAAAACGAAGGCACAAAGGGUGAACUGUCCAUACAGAGAAUGAAGGCGUUAUUUGAGAGCCAGCGGGCCCUGGAUAUUGAGCGGAAACUGUUUGCAAAUGAAAGGCACCUUCAGCUUACAGAAAGUGAAAACAUGAAGCUGAGAGCUAAGCUAGAUGAAUUAAAGCUGAAGUAUGAGCCUGAAGAGAAAAUUGAAGUACCUGUACUCAAAAAGAGACGUGAGGUGCUGCCAUUGGAUGUAACUACUCCAGAAGAAACACCUGCUGCCUGUGCCCCUAGGGAAGAAGUUUCUAGACUGCCACUUCAGAGAGAGGAGAAAGAGUCCUGCCUUAAUAGCUUCAAUGAUAACACUGUGCAGUGGGGCCAGCCAGCCUCUUCAGCCAUUCAGCCAGCCAGCCUCGCUCCCCACAAAAGCCCGCCUCUGGACGUGCAGCCAAAGAAGGAGAAGAAAUGUGUGAAGCUUGUGGAUGGUCCAGGCAAUGCUGAGGCCUUACGUGAACAAAAUGGGAACACCCCCAGCUCUCCCAGGUUAACUGCAGAGUCAAAGCUUUCAACAGAAGUGAAAAAAAGGAAAGAAACUACAAGCAAAUUGGAAAAGGGGGCUUGUAAGAAAUCAGACACCAUUAUGUUCGUGUCCUCAAAGUCAGCCCCGGAGAUUCAGUGCCCGCAGCAGUAGUGAGGUGCUCCUGCAGUGCCCGCAGCAGUAGUGAGGUGCUUGCACCAUGGGGCUUGCUGAAGACCGUCCCUGUGCACAGGACACCCUUGUGGAGCAUUUGCAUAAGCCAGUGCUAAGACCUUGUGUGCUUACACUUCUGUGACCAAAAAUUCAGAUAUGGCUGUGAUGCUGACCCAGAGGUUCCCUAAGUGAUGAUCCUUCACAGAACUGAAUCACAGUGAGCAAACCGCUAUCAGAGGAAAUGUUAUAGUUUAAACCUAUUUGCUGCACUGGAUCAGGAUUUUGAAAGUUACGUGAUAAAUAAUGUACCUUAAGAACUGAAAAUUGGACAACAGAACAUUGAAGUUGUUAAUUGUAUUUUCCUAUGUAUAAUUUUAUGAAUAAAUAAAAUUGUAUUUUCCCUGUCUUGUAAAAAUAGUGAAUAUUGCUUGAAAAUAUAUAUUACAAAAUGUGUUAAAGGUUUAAAGUGCCUAUAUUAAUUAAUAUGUAAUUUAGAUUUUCAUGACUCAAGCAUACUAAAUAAAUAAUUUU